UGUCAGUGUCAGUCACUUCACUUCAGUAUUCAUUCACUUCCCAAAUCAAAUUAGUUAUGUUGUUUCCCCUUUUUAGAGUAUAAUAUACAUAUUUUAUGUCCUUAGUAGUGUAUUUGAUUAAUGCUUGAAUACUUACUUUAUAUUUGAGUAAAUUAACUCGAGUUGUUGUAACAGCGUACAACAAUGACAAUGGGAGAUGAGACACCAGUUACUUCACUAGUUCUUCCUGUACUGAUACGUCCCAUUUUGUCUCAGUUGGAGAGAAGGGAUGGAGUUGCAUCUCAGACACUGAAAGCAGCCUUAACCAAAGUCGAGUCAGUUCAUCCUGGGUUCACAUACGACUUUGUAGUAGGCAUUAUGAGGCAGGGAGACCUUAGUGUGAAUAUGAAUGAAAGUAUUCUUCGGCUUCAAGGAGCAGCUUCCGAAACUGAUGCUGUGGAGUACCGAUUAAGUCGUUCAGAAGAUGCAUUCCAGGAACUCAAUAGAAAGUCGGCAGCACUGAAAAAAAUCCUCAGUAGGAUACCUGAUGAAAUAACAGACAGAAAAACAUUCCUUGAAACUAUAAAGGAGAUUGCAAGUGCCAUUAAGAAGCUGUUGGAUGCAGUCAAUGAAAUCGCUGGAUUCAUUCCAGGACCAAAUGGGAAACAGGCUUUAGAACAGCGGAAAAGAGAGUUUGUUAAAUUCUCUAAACGUUUCAGCAACACUCUCAAGGACUACUUCAGAGAGGGCCAAGCAAACGCAGUUUUUAUCAGCGCAUUGUACUUGAUUCACCAAACUAACAUGAUCAUGGCCACUGUCAAGAACAAGUGUGAAUAGUCAAGACACCUGUACAUAUAGAUAAGUUCACUAUUUUGGAAAGAUAAAUAUAAUUUAUUCUAAUGACAUAUUAGAGACUGAAUAUGUUAAACAAUAAUGUAUUGCAAAUUACACUAUUAUUAACCAUGUUAUCGUAUUAAAUAAAUAUAUC